CUACCUUAGUCAAUCCUUUUGGGUCGGUACUGUCGGUACUUUUUCGUUUUAGUUCCCCCACGUUUUUGGGGUUUAUAAACAAUGAGAGUGAAUUUCAAUUAUGCCAAGGAAGAUCGUUAUUAUGGACUGAGUGAUUGAGAAAUUUGAUGUGAUUAUUCAGUGAUUAUUUUAUUGUGAUUCAGUGGAAAUACCAUGGGUUUGUUUUCGGAGCCGUUGUUGUUUGCUGUAGCUCUUCUGGACACUGGAGCUGUACUUUUUGUUCUUGUCUACUUUGUAAUUGCACUCUCUGACCUUGAAUGUGAUUAUUUAAAUGCUCAGCAAUGCUGCUUGAGAUUAAAUCAGUGGGUUGUACCAAAGCUAGUUGCUCACACCCUCGUCAACGUGAUCCUGUUAAUUCAUGGCCAGUGGCUUUUGGCAUUGGCGAAUCUGCCAAUGAGUUUGUGGCUAUGUGGUGAGUACUUGACUGUACCCCAGGGCAACAUGGGAGUCUUCGAUCCCACCGAAAUUCACAACAGAGGACAAUUGAAGAAACACACGAGGGACUGCUUGAUAUACCUCGGAUACUAUCUCAUCUUCUUCUUCAUUUACCUCUACUGUCUCAUUAUUGCACUACUCAGGGGCGAUCCCAUCAACAGAAAAGACGACGAUGUUAUUGUUUGAUUCACUUUUUUUUUUUCACCAAUUUCCUUGUUUCGUUUGGAGAGUCUGGGAUUUAAUGGAAAAUGAAAGUAAUUUAGAGGGAUGAGGAGAAUUUAUAAGGAUGUAUGAGAAAUUAUUAAUUUCUAGUCCAUCGCAUUCGACUGCAGCCAAAAAGAAACGAAAUACAGACAUAAAUUUUUAAGCACA